AUUGGCCAGUUAUGGUUCCUGGUAGACUAAGCCUAACAGGAAAAAAGAGGUUCUAUGAAGUUAGUAGGGAGGAAGUAAAAAGGCGAGUUGGAUCUCCUGAAAACCUUUCAUCGACUAUGGUCUGUCAGUUGUUAAAGAGGAGCAGAUCAGUGGCAAAUAUUCCACCAGGAAUUGUUAUAAGAAAAAACAUCAAGACUUCUAUAAGCUUAUUUUCAGGCCUUACAGAAGGAGAGGCAAAAGACUUGGCUGAUGAUUUCAGCAACAUUGUUGAAAAGAGCGAAAUCUUUUCAAGGCUUAGUAAAAUAUGCUCAUCAAGAAAAGAAGCUAAUGAAGUUCGAGAUGUUCUACUUAAAGCUGUUGACGUAUUAGAAAAUAUUGGAGACCUAGAAGAGGGAAGCAGACUUACUCAUGGUUUUAUGAAACCAGCUUUAACUUUUGUUGUUAAAGAGUUGGCAAAACACAUAGAUUAAUUUUUAUACGACCGCAAAAGUAUUUUUUUGUUUUCGUAUAUUGGUAUCACGUCGUCGUCGUCGUUGUCAGCGCCGUGCGAAGACAGAUGGUUUUCGGAUAAUAACUUUUAUAUAAGUAAAUAGAAAUCAAUAUAAUUUUAACACAAUGUUUAUAACCACAAAAAGAAGGUUGGGAUUGAUUUGGGGGUUAUGGUCCCAAAGGUUUAGGAAUAAGGUGCCCAAAGGGGCCCAAAACAAGCAUUUAUCUAAUUUUAGGACGAAAACUUGUGUAUAAGUAAUUCAAUUGCUCUGAAAUUGUACCACAAUGUUUAAUACCAUAAGUAGAAGGUUGGGAUUUAAUUUAAGGGUUAUGGAGCAUAGGAAUUAAGGGCCAAAAAGGGCCCCAAAAAAUGCAUUUUUCUACUUUCCGCACAAUAACUUGUGUGUAACUGUAUGGACCUCUCUGACAUUGUACUACAAGGUUCAAUAUAACAAAGGAAAGCCUGGGAUUGAGUUUGGGGUUAAUUUCCCCGAACAUGUAGGGAUGAGGGGCCAAAAAAGGGCCAAAAAGAAGCAUUUUUCUAAGUUUACAGACAAUAACUUGUGUUUAAGUGUAUGGAUCUCUCUAAAAUAUACUACAAGGUUUCUUUCUGCAAAGGAAAGGCUGGAAUUGAAUUUUGGGGUUCUUGCUCCAAGGGGGGUUUCUAAAAGUUGGGGCCAAAAAGGGACCCAAAUAAGCAUUUUUGUAGUUUCCAGUCAAUAACUUGUGUUUAAGUGUAUAAAUCUCUCUGAAAUUGUACGAAAAGUUUCCAUACUACCAAGGAAUGGUUAUGGGUGGUUAUGCUUCAAAUCAUUUAG